UCUUUCAUCGAAGAAUAAAGAGAACUAAGAAGCUUAGCUGUUUGAACCAGAAGAAGAAGAAGAAGACGACGAAGAAGACGAAGAAGCCUCCUCUUCUCUCUCUAUAUAAACCCUUUCUCUUCCCUUUUCUCCACUUUCUUUUAACACUUCUCUCCUCUUUUCCAAUUCAAAUCAAAUCAAAUUCUCUCUCUCUUUUUGUUAGUUUCAGAUUCUCAUUCUCUCAUAGUCGUUUUCCUCAAUUAUUCAUAAUCCAAAUACCAAAUAUAUAUAUAUAUAGUUGCCAUGGAAGAAGGUUGUGUGGCUGCGAGCAAAGGUGGAUCGUCGUCGGUUGAAGAUCGGGACCUGAUCGAUCUGCCGCCGGGGUUCCGAUUUCAUCCCACGGACGAAGAGAUCAUUACUUGUUAUCUCACCGAGAAAGUCAUGAACAGUAACUUCGUCGCUAGUGCCAUUGGCGAUGCUGAUUUGAAUAAGUGCGAGCCUUGGGACUUGCCCAAGAGAGCGAAGAUGGGUGAGAAGGAGUGGUACUUCUUCUGCCAAAGAGACCGGAAGUACCCCACCGGAAUGAGAACCAACCGGGCGACGGAGUCCGGCUACUGGAAGGCCACCGGGAAAGAUAAGGAGAUUUUUAAAGGGAACAUUAAAGGGUCUUCUUCUUCUUCUUCGUCUUCUUCUUCGUGCCUUGUUGGGAUGAAGAAGACUCUGGUGUUUUACAAGGGAAGAGCCCCAAAAGGAGAGAAGUCUAACUGGGUCAUGCAUGAAUACCGUCUCGAAGGAAAAUUCUCUUACUACAAUCUUCCAAAAUCUGCUAAGGAUGAAUGGGUUGUGUGCCGAGUUUUCCACAAGAACAUGGGAAACAACAACAACAUCAACAAGAAAAUGAAUAAUUUCAGCCCAAAUAUUAUUCCUCAUGGCUUGUUGAGAAUCAACUCUCUUGGAGUUGAUGACAUGUUGGACUGUUCAAAUUCACUCCCACCUCUCACCGAUGACCCUCCGCCGUACAAUCCCACCACCACCACCAACACCACCACCACCACCAACUACGCAAACGACAACCAUUUCAGACAAACGACAUCUAACUACUUCUACUACUCACCAUCCCAACAAAACCCGGCCAAUAUUUCUAGCUUCUACUCUCAACACAUGAUGAUCCCAGUCCAAAACUCCUUACCCUACAACAACACCAAUUUCUUUCAAGGAAAUAACAAUAACAACAAUCCCAAUCUGGGUUAUGAUCAUCAUCAUCGUCUGGACCAUUGCAAGGUGGAGCAAUUCUCUAAUAACAUGUCUAAUCACGAGUCACUGGUUAGCGUGUCUCAGGAUGAUACUGGUCUGAGUACGGACAACAUGAACAAUAACACGACAGAGAUUUCUUCUGUCGUUUCUCACAAGCAAGCUGAUCAUAUGGAGAACAGUACUGCUACUAAUACGCCGUCGUUUCAUGUUGGACUCAUCUCGGGAUUUGACGAUCAAGAUGCUGUGUUCUGGGAUGGCUUGUGAUGAUGAUAUACUACUGAUCAAGAUUACUUUUUUAACACGUAGAGAUUGAUUAUGAUCGUUUGAUGAAUAGGGAGAUCGAGGUGUGUACGUACGUACUGCUAGCUCUACAUGUUUUUUUUCUUGAUUAUUAAUUAGUUGCUUAAUUACUUCAUUUCUUAAUUAUUAGGUGAUUUAUAUACAUAUCCAUGAUCACCAUAUCAUGUGAUCAUAGAUAUGUAUUUAGUCAGAAAAAAAAAGGGCUUGCUUUGAUUAUUUGGAUCAUUACACAUGACUUAAUUAAUUCAUACACACUUGUAUAUAUCAUAUAUGAUGAUAUUAUUGUUAUUUUUAU